AUGGGAAACAUUCUGUCAUCCUGUGCCAGAGACCAGGCCAAGAGUCGGGGCUCCGACAACACCACCCCUCCUCCCCCUUCGUGGAAAGCCCUGACUCCCUCGACUCCUGCAACCAGUCAAUCUCUUCCCCGUCCCCUCAGCAACGAGAAGAAGCCCCUGGAGGAAACCCUCGCUGACAUUCCCAUUCCCAUUCCCGAUCGAUACCAUUCUGAACCGCACGCAGUCCGCAUCAUCCAUGUCGGGGCGGGUGCGGCCGGCCUGUUUGCAGCCUACAAGGCCGAGCGAAUGCUGACCAACUACGAACUGGUCUGCUAUGAGAAGAACGCCACCAUCGGGGGGACCUGGCUGGAGAAUCGCUAUCCAGGCUGCGCCUGUGACGUUCCCUCCCACAUUUACAACUACUCCUUCGACCCCAAUCCGAACUGGUCUUCCUUCUUCUCCCCCAGCGAGGAGAUCCAGGCGUACUUUGUUCGCUUUUACGAGAAGCACCAGUUGCAGAAAUAUAUGCGCUUCAAUACUACCGUGCGCGGCAUCGUCUGGCACGAUGCCAAAGGACAAUGGGAGGUCGAAUUAGAGCGCAAGGAUGGCUCGCGAUUCACCGAUUGGUGCCAUGUUCUAAUCAACGGAAGUGGUGUUGUCAACAAAUGGAAAUACCCCGAUAUUCCCAACCUCGAGCAAUACCGCGGCACCCUCGUACACACAGCCAACUGGGACCCAGACAUUCAAUGGAAAGGCAAAUCCGUCGCGGUGAUUGGCUCCGGGGCCAGCGCCGUGCAAGUUCUACCCCAGCUAGUCGAUGACGCAGCCUCACUGGUAUGCUUCGCGCGUAACCCAACCUGGAUCAUCCCCAACGUGCUCAACGUCGACCCCGUGCAUCCCGCCGGCAUGCCCGCCGCUGCCUACGGCAAACAUCACUACGUGGCCGAGGAACUGCAGCUCUUCCGCGACAACCCGCAGGCACUGCUCGCCUACCGCAAGCAGCUUGAAAGCUCCAUCAUUCACCUAUUUCCGGGGUUUCUGCGCGGUAGUCCGCUGAAUGAGAUGCUCAAGCAGCAGAUGCGUCAAGUUGUUGAGGCGCAGCUCGGGGGCGAGGGUAAUCGGGGCCUCCGGGAUGCGUUUCUCCCUACCUGGUCCCCAGGAUGUCGGCGCAUUACCCCAUCUGACACGUUUUUACAAUGUUUCCAAAAACCCCACGUGACCCUCGACCGUAACCACCUCGCCAGCUUCACUGAACAAGGUCUCCGAACAGCAAACGGCACCGAGUACAAGUUCGACAUAAUUGUCUGUGCCACGGGAUUCGACAUUCAAUUCACGCCCCAUUUCCCCGUCAUCGGCCGCAACAACACCCCCAUGCAACACGAAUGGCGCGAAACCCCCAACCUGUACCUCAGCAUCACGGGCCCCAAAUUCCCCAAUUACUUUGUGAUCAACGGACCCCGCGGGAACUGGAACCAAGGAAGUACCUUACCAUCUCACGAAACCCAAAUCAGCUACGCCCUGCAAUGCGUGCAUAAAAUCCAAACCGAGCAUCUCCAUUCCCUCGAGGUGCGCCAACACCCCACCACCGCUCUCAACCGAUGGAUUGAUGCCUGGCAUGCCCAGAAAUCCAUCUGGGCGGAACCCUGUCGGUCAUGGUAUAAACGGAAUACGGCGGAUGGGAGAGUCUAUGUGUGGUGUGGGAGCAUGCCGCAUUUGUUGAAGUCGUUGAAGAGGCCGCGGUGGGAGGAUUAUCGGAUUAGGUAUUGGGAGGAGGAGGAGGAGGAGGAAACGGGGCAGGGGAAGGAAGGGAAUAUGUGGGCGUUUUUGGGCAAUGGGACGACGGUCUUGGAGGAGGGGUUUCGGAGGGGGUUGGAGGUGGAUGUGGCGCCGUAUAUUAGGGCUGAGGAUUCGGAGUGGGAUGUUGAGAUGUUGUUACCGCCGGUGGUGGAGGAGGUGGAGGGCGGGUCUGGGUAG